AUGGAGUUCUUUUGGAAUAGCUUUGCCCGAAUAGAAAAACCUAUCUUCAAGGCAAUGGCACCCCAGAUGCAGAGUACCGAUUUAACGAGCACAGCUGGCUACGACAGCAUCAUUCAACAUCUGAAUGAUGGCAGGAAGAACUGCAAGGAAUUUGAAGACUUUCUGAAGGAAAGGGCAACUAUAGAAGAAAAAUAUGGCAAAGAGCUCAUUAACCUGACAAAGAAGAAGCCCUGUGGGCAGACAGAAUUGAACACCCUGAAGAGAGCUCUUGAAGUUUUUAAGCAACAGGUAGAUGGUGUCGGGCAGAGUCAUAUCCAGCUGGCCCAGACCCUUCGGGAAGAGGCGAGGAAGAUGGAGGACUUCAGGGAAAAGCAAAAACGUCAUCAGAAAAAGCUGGAGCUUGUAAUGGAUGCUAUUCAUAAAAAUAGGAAUUUGCAGUAUAAGAAAACAGUGGAGGCAAAGAGGCUGUAUGAGCAGCGGUGCAGGGAUAAAGAUGAAGCGGAACAGGCCGUGCACCGCAAUGCAAACCUUGUAACACAAAAGCAACAAGAAAAGCUGUUUGUAAAGUUGGCUCAGAGCAAGUCAGCUCUGGAAGAUUCUGACAGGCAAUAUCAGCUGAAUGUUGGUGCUCUUGAGAAGAUCAGGGAAGAAUGGCAGAAUGAACACACCAAAGCCUGCGAGUUCUUUGAGACCCAGGAGUACGAACGGAUAAACUACUUCCGCAAUGCGCUGUGGCUGCACCUUAACCAGCUUUCUCAGGAGUGCGUCCAGAGUGAUGAGAGAUACGAAGAAACCCGGAGGAGUCUAGAAAUGUGCAGCAUCGAGAAGGAUAUCGAAUUUUUUGUCAAUUUCCGUAAAACCGGAAGUAUGCCCCCAGCUCCUGUGGUCUAUGAAAAUUACUAUAACACACAAAGAAAUACAACUUCAACAAGAAAUCAGGCCCCAGCACCUGGGAUAGGGAGGAGGGGGCCAUUACCAAUCCCUGUGAGUGGGCCAGGUGACCCUGAUUACGCUACGAUUGAUGGUUACAGUUUAAUACAUCACUAGCCUGAGCUGGUCUCAAAGCUGCUUGCCCAGUAGUGCCACUGAGUGCAAAAAUUAGUCGUCUGAUCCACCCAUCAGAGACCGUGUAU